GCGGCCGCAGACCCUGUCACCGCAGCCGCCCUCCUGAGGCAGCCCCGCGGCACGGCCGCUGUAGCCGGGGGCAGCUGUAGCCGGGGGCGGCCGCGGCGCUCGCGUUGCUGCAAAGCCGCUCUGCGGGGCGGAGUGUGUCCCCGCCGGCUCGCCGUGCGGGGAGGCGGGCCGGGGGCCGGCUGAGAUGGGAGAGAGCAUGUCCAAGAGGCUGAAGCUGCAGCUGGGCGGUGAAGCGGAGAUGGAGGAGCGGGCUUUCGCCAACCCCUACCCCGACUACCCGCCCCAGGGAGCCGUGGCAGCCCCCAGCGCGGCGGACGCUCACCGGGACAGGGCGCUGCAGCCGCCGGCGGAGGAGGACUCCCUCCCCUUCGGCGCCGAUGGGAAGGUCAAUGCUCGGUUCUCAAAACGCAUCCAGGCAAAAAUCAAGGACCUUCUACAGCAAAUGGAGGAAGGGCUGAAGACGGCAGAUCCACAUGACUGCUCUGCCUAUACUGGCUGGACUGGUAUUGCCCUCUUAUAUCUGCAACUAUACCGUGUCACCAAAAACCAGAGCCACUUGCAGCGAUCUCUCGAUUACGUGAAGAGAAUCCUUCGCAAUCUGAAUGGCAGAAGAGUCACUUUCCUCUGUGGUGAUGCUGGGCCAUUGGCAGUGGGUGCAGUGGUUUACCACAAGCUGAAAAACAGCAGUGAAUCUCAAGAUUGUGUUGCCAAGUUGUUGCAGCUCCAGAGGACAGUCAUCAGCACAGAUUCUGAACUUCCAGAUGAGCUGCUCUACGGCAGAGCAGGUUACCUGUAUGCCUUGCUGUACCUGAACACUGAAAUCGGUCCAGACACUGUCCCACAGUCUGUUAUCAAAGAGGUAAUAGAUGCUAUUAUUGAGUCGGGGAAGAACUUCUCCAAGGAGGAGCGGAAGACAGAGCGCUGUCCUCUGCUGUACCAGUGGCACAGGAAGCAGUAUGUUGGAGCAGCCCAUGGAGUGGCUGGCAUCUACUACAUGCUCAUGCAGCCAAUUGCAAAUGUGGACCAGGAGACCCUGACAGAGCUGGUGAAGCCAAGCAUUGACUACGUGCGUCAUAAAAAAUUCCGAUCUGGGAACUACCCAUCAUCACUGAGCAACGAGACUGACAGGCUGGUUCACUGGUGCCAUGGUGCCCCUGGAGUCAUCCACAUGCUCAUGCAGGCUUAUAAGACUUUUAAAGAGGAUAAAUACCUGAAAGAUGCUAUGGAUUGCAGUGAUGUCAUCUGGCAGAGAGGCUUAUUGAGAAAAGGGUAUGGGAUCUGCCAUGGUACUGCUGGCAAUGGCUACUCCUUCUUGUCUCUCUAUAACCUAACUCAGGACAGAAAGUACCUCUACCGAGCUUGCAAGUUUGCUGAAUGGUGUUUGGAGUAUGGUGCACAUGGAUGUCGUAUUCCUGACCGCCCUUAUUCCCUCUUUGAAGGCAUGGCUGGAGCUAUUCACUUCCUCUCAGACAUUUCAGUACCGGAGACUUCCCAGUUUCCAGCGUUUGAACUUAGACCUCAAAGGAGAGAAAACAAAGUGGAACAGGACAGCUAAAACCAUCAUUUCGAAAGGAAACUGAUGCCAAAAGAGAUGAGACUGUUUCGUGCCUCUGAUAGUGAAGGAAAUUGACGCUGAACCGACAGAUGGAUAAAGCCCUUUUCUCACCCCUUCUGCCCCAAAGGACCAUGAAGUCAUUAGAGCAUGAACAGGAGAAGCCACACUUAAGUUCUGUUAAAGUGACACCUUCAGAUGUAGGACCAGAGAAGUCAAGUUUUGAACUUUUCUCUUUUCUGUUGUAUUUGUCUCUUCAGGUCUUUGCCAUGCUCUGCACGUUUAUUGGUGUUGUGUGUUGAUCCGAGUCCUUUGUUGUUAGCCACAAGCUGGUCUCCGUGUGAAUCUCUGUCCUGUACCUCCGUGCAUGACUCACAAGAGCAGUGUUGCUUUCUGCAGCGUGCUUACCUCAGGGAGAGCUCGCUGCAGGACGGUGCCCAGCUUCACUGGUGUGCUGGCAGCUCUACAAAGAGGUGAAAAACGUUUCUGUGUUCAUUUUUUUUCUGCCUUUUUCUCCACAGUCCUUACAAGCUAAGCUGAUGGAGAUCAGCCUGUUUUGUUGAAGAGGCGUGAGGCCCUUUCUGUUUUCAGAAAGUUAGCAGGUUGGAAGGGAUCUGAUUUGUCUUUUGCUGCUGUUGUGAGAGGCUUCUUCUGUUGUUCCCUGUGAUAGCUGCGGCUGGUUAGUGUGUUAGGUGCUUAUAGCAGGGUGGAGAUGCUCCUUCCCCCUGCUGCAAAGCCCAUCCCAUGCCAUGAGCUUAAGCUGCAGAUGGAGUCACCUGGACUGACCUCCCUCUGCCACCAACAGCAGAGCCUGGACAGCACAGCUGCUUCUCCUUUCCUAGACCUCAAUUUGGAAUAAACCUUUUUUGCAGCAUCUCAUAUACAGAUGAGCAAGGGAGGCUGCCAGGGCAAGCCUCCCAUGCAGGUAGCUCAGGAUGGUUGUUACUUUGGAACCAAAGUGGUGGUUUGUUCUGGCCCUCCCCUCCCAUGCAGUAGUACAGGAGUGGUAAGUACCAGCUGCUUUUGGAAGCUGCAGAGAUUACUGAGCAAUAUGAAGCCGUUGCUAGUGGCUGUAAUUGAAGUAUAAUUCAUCUUCAAAUCCACACAGUAAAAGCUCUUUUUCCAUAGUCUUAACUGCUGCUAGUGCUUUGCUUCCCCAUGUAGUGUGGUGGGGUUGUGAAACACUAGACCUGCCUCCAGGUGCUCCUGAGUAUCAGGCCAUUGGUUUGGGAGAAGUGGGACGUACUUUGAGUACUCUCAGAGCAGGUACUGACACUCUUAUGUGUCAGGUAGUACCUGAAGUGUAGUGCACUCCCAGUCACUCAGGCUCUGUGGUCAUCGUCCCCCAGGUCUCCUGUGCUCUCUCAGUCCAGGUGCUGAUUUCAAUUGGCAUCUUCUGUCAGGUGUGAGUGUGACAGAUGGCACAGUUUGACCUUUUGGGCACACAUCAGGAUAUGUGUGACCUGUGGGCCAUCUGCUGAGUGCCAGUGUCUGUGGUUGGGCUUGGAGAUGCACUGUUGCUCCUGCAUAAAUUGGUCUUGAUUUGUCACCUGGCAGGUGACUUCCUUGAGCACGUUCCAGUGCCCUUUGCCAAAUCCCUUGCAAUGUUAAUAAUUUCUCCAUUCAGUUCUGCUGGACAGCAGCAGCAAUGUAAGUGCACAAACAGCUUAACAUUACAGUGUAGCAGCUUCUCUGCUGGUUUGUCAGGGAGGAUUAAAACAUGGGAGCAGCAGAAGAGACUUCUCCACCGCUCUGUCAAAGGCAGAAGGUGAGAUGGGAGCAACAAACCCAGCUGCAUCUCUACAGCCAGAGGUUGGGGAAAAUGCUGAAAGGCAGUGGGAGUGGGGAAUGCUGCAUGGCAAACAGGAGCAGAGCAGAAAAGUGAGGAACAGAAGGAGUUAAUAAUGUGGGGGAUCAGUGAGGAACAAGAAGAGCUGGAAGAUCAUGCAGGCAAUGCACAGUGUACCAACAGAGACAUCUUGAUGAGAGAUUCCUCCAUGCCAAGAGCUAACUGUUUCUUUCUUCAGCCUGUGGAUCCCUGAUCCUGCCCAUAGAAAAGCCAGGAAGGAAACUUUCCUGGGAAUCCUCAGAGAUAUACUAACAGAGGUGGAUGCCAGCUCUGAUCCUGUUUCACAUCACCCCUUUGUUCCACACCCACCUCUUUGUUCCUUCCCCUCCACUGUGGGUGCAGAGCAAGUUGGGUGUGUGAACAGGGAAAGGGCUCACCACAUUUACAGGAACUGCCUGCCAACACUGGCCACCCUGGCAAAUCCCAAGCCUCUGUUGCAUGGACUGUUUAACCAGGGGGUCAGCUGGCAGGUUUUUCAUUCAGUGAUUAUCUGCAUAUUGGUCUUGGCUACUGUGCUUGGAGUGGCUCCUGUGGGAGGUGAGUUUGGCUGCCUGGAGCCUAAGGGGAAUUAAAAUACCUGCUAGUUUUAAAACUGCACAGAUAUAUACACAGUAAGAACAGCUGAAUGCUGAGCAGAGCCCCAGGAUGCUGGAGUGUGCCUGUCAAGCUAAUGAGCAAGUCAGCUACCUGCCCUUUGGUACCACAGCCAGCCUUGUGCCAUGGUGGGGCCUGGCACCAUCUUCCUCUGCAGAGCCCUCUCAGAACUGAGCAAGACUGGAAAUGUAUUGAGCUGGGAAGGGUCUUGACAGUGCACCUGCCUCAUCUUCCUGACGUGACUUUCCCCGUGGCUCCUCCUUCCUGUUUGUCACAGCAUUGAGGUAUCUAGGUGGCCCCUUAAGGAAAGACACAGUGUCAAGGUGAAAAAGUGCAUUUCACCAAGGCAUUGUCUUCAGAAAUGACAUCAAACUACAAAUGUAGAAAAUGUCUUAAUAUUCCCUGGUUUGCUUUGUCUGUGUGUAAUAGUUCAUCUGUUGCAAAAAGCAGUAGUGUUAAAAAUGGGAAUGCUCUUUGGGCAGAAAAAGAGGAAAAAAUGCUGAUGUUUUGUUCUUUGGCUUUAUUAGUAAAGAUUAAGCUAUGUGGUGGUAA